CGCCAGGUCCCCGCGGGAGAAGCGGACUCUCCCCGCCCCGGUGGGGGCGGCCGCGCCUUCGGAAGAACUACUUCGCGGGCUUCCGGUGGGGGCCGGAAGUGGCGGUUACUAAGGCGACGCCACGCUCCCGGACCAGCUUUUCCGAGUGUCCUAGACAUUUCCAGUGCCAGCUUCUGUGAUGUCAGUCCCCAGAGGAAGUCAAGUCCAGAAGAGGCUCUCCAGUUUUAUGAGAAAGGGGCUGCUGGAGGUGCCAUCCCCCACAGAGAAGGACUGGCCGAAGGAUGAUGAAGAUGAUUAUGUCUUCGUAGAUUUGGGUCAAGAGCUGGAUUCCUUGCCUCAACCUUAUCGCAUGAUCAACAAGAUGGUGGACCUUCUGUUUGACAAGUGUUGGGAAGUUAUCCAGGAGAGGCAUGCACUGAAGGAAGUUGAACUUAGCCAGACCCAGCCCACCACUUACCUUCCACUUGUAGAAAGCAAGCUCAACAAAAUGCCAAAUUGUAUGGCGAUUUCCCAAGACUACGUCUUUAUUGGAGAAGCCAAAGGAUUCUCCAUCUAUAAUCUGUACAGUGCUAAACAAAUAUUUAUUUGGGAGAAACUUAAGGUUGAUGUCACUUCCAUCUGGGCCACAGAUUUGGGGAAUGAAAUACUUAUUGCUCCUGUGGAUGAAAUGGGUAUUGCUAGACUGUUUUAUUUUUAUAAGGAUGGUCUUUUCCUAAUCAAAGCUGUCAAUGAAGCGGAUGAUGCCAGUAAGCAGACCACCUGUAUAAAGAUGGAGAUCUCUCAAGGAGGGGACUUCGCAGCCUUCCUCCUACAAGGAGCCGGAGAUGUUUGGCUGGAUGUGUAUAAAUUGCCCAAGGAGUCUUGGCUCAAGGAAGUGGAGCACCCCCAACCAGCUGUAAAUCCGAAGAAAAAAGUCAGACAGCCACAAGCGAAUACUCUCGAACCCGUGAGUUCAGAGAAUUUAGAAAUGGAUAUGAACGUGUGUUUUAGAGUUGACAUUAAGUUGAGUCUUCCGGUUCACAUAAUGAAGAUCAAACCACCCAAACCAGUUACAGGUACCACAUUUAAAAGCCCUCUGGAAGUCUUUGCAAAGGUAGAGGACUACUACGGGCUGGGCUCGGGGCAGAACCACUUCAUCAAGGACAGUCAGUGGGAGCAGCAGGCGGCCAUCUUCCACGCCUUGUACAAGAAGUACCUGGACGGGGAGUGGGAGGAGGAGCCACUCAGCACGGCCACCUUCCAUUUCCUCCUUCCUAGCAGCAUAAUUGUGAUGCCAGCGGAAGUCAAGAGCCCCUCAGGGGUAGCCUGUGUCCUUGGCAUACACUGGACUGGAAGUCACAACUUCUUCCUGUAUUCACUUCACCGAACUCUGAAGGAUAAAGUCGACCCGGAGGCCGUGUGGCCCUGCGCCGCUCCCAUUGCGGUCUCCCAGCUGAGCUGCACCUGCGCCUACCUCGUGCUGGCCUGUGAGGAUGGUGUGCUCACACUGUGGGACCUGGCCGAAGGUUUCCCCUUUGGGGUCGUCGCUCUUCCCAAGGGAUGUUCCUGCCAGAGUGUUCACUUCCUGAAGUACUUCUUAGUCCACAAAGGACAGAACAUGUAUCCUGAGAGUCCCUUGAAAUCCCACAUGAAAUGCGUGGUGCUGUGCACAGAUUCUUCUCUCCACCUGGUGACGGCCGAAGGGACGCAGGGACCCGCCAUCAGUGUGCUUGCGGAGAGGUGGGUGGCUUGAGUUAGGGCGGGGUAAA